AUGGUUCUCAUGAAGCGUGACACAUAUGAAAGGAGCCUACAAGAAUACAUAUCACUUAGCCACUGCGAUAGGGUGGACGAAGGCUUUAUUGAUAAGCUACAUUCCAGAGUGAAGCAGUUCACCUGUACCAGUCUCACUAAACACUUGGCACUUGAUAACUUAGCCAUUGACUCCCAUGACGUCCCUAAAUUAUUUGCCUUUGCAAAGACACACAAACUGGGUCAACAGCUCCACCCAGUCGUGGACAAAGCAAGAGUGCCUACACGGAGGCUGGAGAAGACCAUGCACACCCUUCUCGCUCCACAAUUUGAGGGAUACCCUUACACCAUCGCUAGUCCAGUGGAGCUUAUAACACACUUAAAAGAGCUCACAUCCCCCCGUUACAUCAUGAUGUUAGACUUUAAGUCCAUCUACCCCUCCAUUGAGCACCCACCUGCUUUCUGUACUCUCAGGGACAUUUUGUUUCAUAUUGUCAGGGAUCACACAUUACACAACCAGUUGCUAGAAAUGGCACAUUUGAUAUGUUAUAAUUCUGUGUUUCAGUUUGACGGCGAUGUCUACACACAAGGCCGAGGGGUUCCCAUGGGCAGCCCUGUUUCAGGGAAUCUCUGUGAGAUGGUUGUCCGGCAGUUGGAGAACAAGGUCCUCCCUCAAUUCCUCCCCAACAUCCAAUUAUAUAGGAGGUAUAUUGAUGACAUUAUUAUUUUUUGGAAAAAUGUGCCGGAUAUAACAGCCUUAGUAGAUUCUUUUAAUAGUAACCCCUAUGGGUUGAUGCUAGAAAUAGAACAAUCUGACCCCACCGAAGUCCAUUUCCUGGAUAUAAAUAUUAGAGUAGAAAAUGAAGGCAUCCACAAUUCAGUGUAA